AUGUCUGACGUCUUUUCUUCCUCUUCAGAUUGUUACCAGCGACUGGAGUUCCUCGGCGAUGCAAUUUUAGACUACCUCAUUACAAAGCACCUUUAUGAAGACCCCCGGCAGCACUCCCCGGGCGUGCUGACCGACCUGCGCUCAGCACUCGUCAACAACACCAUCUUUGCCUCUCUGGCCGUCAAGUACGACUACCACAAGUACUUCAAGGCCAUCUCGCCCGAGCUUUUCCACGUCAUCGACGACUUCGUGCAGUUCCAGCUGGAGAAGAACGAGAUGCAAGGCAUGGACUCUGAGCUGCGGCGCUCAGAAGAGGACGAGGAGAAGGAGGAGGACAUUGAGGUCCCGAAGGCCAUGGGGGACAUCUUUGAGUCGCUGGCCGGAGCCAUCUACAUGGACAGCAGGAUGUCUCUGGAGACCGUGUGGCAGGUGUAUUAUCCAAUGAUGAGGCCACUCAUAGAGAAAUUCUCUGCCAACGUGCCACGAUCUCCUGUCAGGGAGCUGCUGGAGAUGGAGCCAGAAACUGCCAAGUUCAGCCCUGCGGAGAGGACGUACGAUGGGAAGGUGCGGGUGACCGUGGAGGUCGUGGGGAAGGGCAAGUUCAAAGGAGUGGGCCGCAGCUACCGCAUCGCCAAGUCUGCGGCGGCGAGACGAGCUCUGCGCAGCCUCAAAGCCAAUCAACCUCAGGUCCAGAAAAACUGAGCUCACCCUCCGAGCUCCCAGCAUUAGCACCUAAGCUACUGACGCUAACGGAGGAAAAUCAACACCGGCUUCCAACAGAGCGCCAUGCAAGUCCUGCAUCUUCAGCUGAGGCAGCCGGGGAACACUGUGGAGACGCAGAUGAAGAAGCAGACUGAUCUCAUUACCAUUUCAUCAGAUCUUUUUUUUUUCUUUUUUCUUUCCUUUUUGCGCCUACACAAUCUUUGCUUUCCCUCUCUCAGUGCUUUAUUAACGUUUAGCAGUGUGUUUAAAAGAAGGUCAGGUCGCAUCGUCUGUUCCUCACCGUUUAGUUAACCUCUCUGCCAAUGGUAUGGCAUUUAUGCUUAUUGUGUAGUAUUAGAUUGUACAUAGUUCAAUCAAAGUAUGUAGGAAGAAGAAAAAACGCUAAACUCCUCAGCCUGUGCACUAGUGCCAGUCAGUUUGACAGCGGCGGACGUGGCUAACAGAAACCACUGGAGCAAAACGUUCUUAAUCAUUUUUGCACUUAUUCCAUUAGGGUCUGUUACUUCAAGAAUCGUGUGGUCACAUUGACACCAGAAUCAUAUACGUAGCAAAGUCUAUAAAUAUAUAUAAAAAUAAUAAGAUACAUGAUUGGUAUUCUUAGGCUUAGUUGCUAAGAUUCACCCUCAUAUCCUGCAAGACGGAUAGGAAUUCCAACAUUCCCAGUUACUGUAAUUUAAAGUAGUUUAUAAAGCGCACUUGAGGUUGCAUGUUCUUGUAGUUUAUGUAUAAACCAUGACAACUGGAUUGCGUCUAUAAAUGUUCUAGAUCUACGGAUGUAUCUAGAGUGUGUGAGCGCAACACUCGAUGUAAACGGCAUUAUCUUGAUGAUUUGGUUUAACGUGUUUUGAUACCAAGAAUGGAAGGAAUGGAACAUUCUUGCGCACUUAACGUCUUGCCAAGGAUCAUCCAGUUUUGAUAUACGAAGAGAAAGACGUAUCACACGUUCAAUAUGCUGCAGACUUUUCUAUAUUGGAUACUUGUGUAGGCUCAAAAUCUUUUCAAAUACAGUCUUUGUGAAAAAGGCCAACUCAUUUCAACACACACGUGUUGCUCACAUCCCGUACUUACCAAAGCUCUAACAGAUGUGACACGAUGAGGUUAAAGGCGAUUCCUGCGGAGAAGACACCAGCCUUUUUAUUUUUUUGUGUUUUCUGUUCUGACACAUUUUGCUUCUCGCUAAAUGUCCGGUCCCCCCAAAUCAAUAAGCCCUUUUUUCACUUGAAUACCUCAGUUAAUUGCAUGCAUUUUCUUUUCUUUAUAUAUUUUUCUUUUCUUUUUGUUUGGUGCUAUGUUUUUGUAUUAAGCUUGAAUUUCUCAUCUUUUUUUGCACUGUAACUAUAAUACCUCUUUGUUUGACCUUUUCAUUAUUUUGGAAAUCUGUUUAAUUUGGUUGGCGUGUGGAUUAUUAGAUUUCCCCUCCUUCACUAGCUUUUAAUUGAAUUGGCUGAAAGUCUGCAUUUGAAUUCUGGGUAAAAACAAUCAGGAUUGACAAAUGGGUAAAAACCUGUAGAGGUAAUCUGAUUGCACUCUUAAACAUUUGUAUGUAUAUAUAGGCAGAAGGUAAACUUUUAUUUGUCCAUAAAAAAGGGUUCGAAGAGACACGUGCCUGUAUGGUUGCUUAACUGAGUAAAAGAGCGGUGCGUGAAUGAGUCCUAAAACGGCAUUUAAGCACUUCCUUAUAGCUCGUCUCAAAAUAAAUGUGAGCGUGUUUUGGUUAGAUGUCUGAAAUAAGGUCUUCGGUUAACACAAGCGAAAUACUUUUACAGGUAUUGUUUUACGACAUUAUAUGUCCGUAAAUACACCAGGUGAAUGUCUGACGCUUCCAUGAGUCAUAAAAACUGUGGUUGCUAACAGGUUUCUAAAUGAGACUACUAAACGCCAUCACAAUGAACAUUAGCCGCAUUUAGCUUAGCGGUGGCCAUGUGACUGAGAUGUAGCCAUGUGACUGAGAUGUAGUUAGCUUACAAGCUAACGUUAGCUUUUUAUAUAAUCUUAGCUUUAUAAGCUAAUGACUGCUUUUAAUUCUGACUAUUGAAUUAAUGUUUCAAAAAUCAUAAAAUGGUGUUAAUAUGUGGAGAUCAUCCUGCCGAACAAAACGUGAAAGUAUAUAUUUUAACCAGAUAUUGAAGACCUAGAGAUUCUCUGAUUGGUGAAAUCCUUCAGUUGCUAUAUUUAAAUCCAUGUGACCCUAUGAAGCGUUAUGACAUUUCAAGUUAAAGAGUGCAGUCUGUCAUUAUCUCUCUGGGCAACCCAUGUAUAAAGAGCUAAAGUCAGAUUGGUACAGUUCUACAUGGGUUCAACUAACUAUUGUGUAGGUCCCAGAUGGGGGGGGGGAGGUACUAAAUAUAAUGUGAAAUCCGUCAUCUGGUGCCACAGCCGCUCUAUUUUAUGUCUGUGACUGAUAGAAACUAGGAUCAUAAUUCAUCUUGGCACCAAUAUCCAGCAUCAUGUUUCUAUUCAGGAGGGAGCAGUGCGAUAGUCAGAACGGACUACGUUUUCUCGCAAUGGCAAUUUUUUCUUUUUUUUGUAUAUGUAGCACAAUUGAGCAUUGCACUUGGGCGCCAUACUUUACCUCAUGUCAGAGUGAAAGGUAGAGGAAGGCGAAGACGUGUAUAUAUGUUGUUGGGAGGACUAACUGGUUCAGGCUUGGCUGCUGUGUGGAUGCUGGUUUAGCUCAGAGCUAUUUAAAGAGACAGCAAGGGGCUGGGGGGCUCCAAAUGUGCUGCGGGGCAUCAUGUGACAAACACACUGUUAGAAGAAUCUCUAAACGUGUAUACUUCCUGUAUCCUGCCUCAAACAGCUGUUUGGUGAGUCGGACUGGCACGUCCAAUCCUGAAUGGGAUCUUGGUUCAAUUCACUUCUGGAUUCUCCCUUGUUUCUUCUUCUGUGGUGUGUGAGGUUGACUGACCUUCCCCUUUAUCAGAAACUCAAAGGAAAAAUCCACCCUAAGGUGCUUCUGUACUUGUGAUGAAUCCUGAGCCAGGAUGACUUCACAUGCACCACUUUGUGAAUUCCUUUGUACUGGAGCUUUUACUUUUCGAAACGAAACAAAUGUCCAAUUGUUCAAAUUCUAAAUUUGCAAUCUGUUAUGUUUAAGUGCAAAUAUCUCAGAAACAUGACAAGGCUCCAGAAUCUGACACUGUGUUCCUGUAAGGAGUCACAUACAAUAUAGUACAUUGUAUUUAAUACAUAACAUCAUAAAUCUGUUGUGCAGCUCUGAUAAAUGUAGUGCAACAGGAAGUUCACUGCAUCCCUCAAAUGAAAAGGACUAGCUGUAAAAUAAUAGCAGUCAAUGGAAAUACUAAAGUACAAGUACCUCAAAGUUUUACCGAUAAUUGUACUUUAUCCCAGCUGGUGUCAGUUUCCUUAGCUGCUUAUCAGACAAGGAAAUGCCGUCGUACUGGUGCAAAAUUAUAAGAAACCCUUCUGUUGGAAGCUCAUACAAAUCAUAGAAAAUCAAAGAUGGUUAUAUGAAGGAAUGCUUUUCUGCCUUGUGUCUACAGUAGAAGACCUACAAAAUCACCACACAUCUGAGCUGAGCAGGGACUGAUGUGUGGGGCCGUGCUGCAGAAUGAUGGAACUCAAUACGGCUGUCCUGAAUAAGGGAAACUAUCUGUUUAAAGAUUAGUUCCUCAUUUAGUUUAAGGAUAUUUCUUAAUCAUAAUUACAUCCACUGUGAAUCAAAAGUCCUGAAAGGUCACUUUUUAAAGCUGCUGUAUCUGAAUGUGAUGUGAUACAUUUAGCCAGGUAUUGACAGGAAAUGCAUCAGCUAACAGGAAGUUGAUCCCUGAUAGGCAGCAUGUGUUCCAACAGAAGAGCUUUGGGUGGAUUUUUCCUGUUAAUGAUCGCUCAUGAUCAGUAUUAGCAGAGAACAGAAAUGCCUGAUCAACAAUGGGAGUGUGGGAGAGGAGAUGGAAGCCAGCAUAGAUCCCCUGUCUUCUUUGGGAGGGGGGGGGUCACGGAGCAGCAGAACACCAGCAGUGGGGGCUAAGCGGUCGGAGCUGCAGUGUAAGGGACAUAAACAGGACUCCUCACUCAUACUGUAACUGUGCUGCAGUGUUUGCGGUCUGCACCUUAUGGAUCAUGAAGACCUUUAAUUGUGUUUGUUUGGACUUUUCUUUUUUAUAUAUAAUUGUAGCCCAGUAUAUCUACAAUAAAAGUAAUGGUAUGGUCAC